UCAUCAUAGAGUCUGGAUUUCAAUUUAGGUUCAGUUUCAUAUUUGUCAAGAUCUGAGAAUAUAGUAGAUAGGAUGUUACUUCAAAACUUAGUCCAUGCUCUAAUUGCAUAAAUGAUCUCAUGCUUGCAGAUAGCUACACUGGAAAAGGAAAAAGUGCUGGAGGAGCUACAAAAGGUCAAGCAAACGAAAAUGCAAGUAAUCAACGAGGGAAGUCUGGAAUAUGCUACCAAGAAAACAGAAAAUUCUGUUCCCCUCCAGAACUCGAAUGCAUUUGAAAUACACACAAAUCAAGUGAUGGUUGUUAACAGUCAGAGUGACAUCACUGACCCUAUACUCAGGAAAAGCUCGAUUGAUAAAGGCAGGUCUGGUAAAAGCCAGACUGUUACAUUCAAUAUCAAUGAUUCUGAGUCCUCCAUCGAUCCUGCUUCUGACUCGCCUAUAGCAAGUAAAUCGAAAGGGCUAAAAAUGGAGUCUUCUUCCCAUAAAAUUCAAGGUCUCAGAGGACGGAUAAGUAUUAAAAGGUUAAUAAAAACUAAUAUGAUUACUCAGGAAAUUGCACUCAAGUUACAAACAGGCCUCAUCACUAUGGAGGAGAUAGAAGCAUCACUUGCUCAAUUUGUUGGUAAACCGUCCUCAAUUGCAGGUGUUUAUAUAGAGUCUAGCAAGAAAAAGCUGUCCUUCCUCGAUGCUGUUGCAGGAGGAUUAAUAUCUAAAACAUAUGCCAUUGAGUUUUUGGAAGCACAAGCUGCCACAGGAUACAUUAUUGAUCCUAUGACAGGUGAAGAUUACUCUCCUUCAGAUGCUUUUGAGAAAGGUAUCAUUACUGAGGAUCUCAAAGACAAAAUAAGUGAUGCUUACAAAGCAGUCAGUGGCUAUACUCAUGCUGGGAAGAUUCUAUCAGUGUUUCAGGCUAUGGAGGAGAGAAUUCUAGAUAGGCAUAGAGGGAAAGCGAUAAUAGAAACUCAAAUCGCUACUGGAGGUUUGAUUCAUCCAUUGAUUGGAAGUAGAGUACCCAUGGAUUGUGCACUAGAGCAGGGGCUCAUAAAUCAAACCACCCUUCAAAGUCUCUAUGAUCCAGUUAGUAACCCAAAAGAUUUUCACUACCCAGAAACAGGGCAGAAGGCAUACUACAGCGAACUGCUCCGAAUCUGUGUAUAUGAUGUCAAUGGUGGAGUAUAUCUUCUUCCUUUUGGUGACCAACAUCUUUUCACCCUCUCACCUUCCAACAAACACAGAAUAUCGGUCAUCAACACUUCUAAUGGUGCGAAAAUGUCAGCCUAUGAAGCAUAUAAGGCCGGUCACAUUGACAAGAGAACUUACCUGUUUCUCUCAAGACAAGAGAGCGAAUGGCAAGAGAUAACAAUCAUGGACUCAAGUAGGAAUCUUUUACACAUCCUAACAGACCAUAAGACUGGGCGGCAGCUUUCCAUUGAAAAUGCUCUUAGUCUGAAAAUUCUCCAAAUGGAAGAGCUCAAUAGCUACCGGAGUGGUCAGCUCAGCAUUUCAGAGUUUGCUGAUCUUUUGAUUUCCAGAAGAGUUGUCUUUAAAGUUUCAAACGGUCCUGUUGCAGGACUCUGGGAUGUUUCUUUGAAGAAACGACUCCCGGUUUUCAAAGGGCACCAGCUGAACCUUGUGGACCGACUCACCGCAUUGAGGUUGCUAGAAGCCCAGGCUUGCACUGGAGGCAUCUGUGAUCCAGCGUCUGGCGAAAGGGUUCUGAUUACAGAAGCACUACAUCGAGGACUCUUGGAUGAAGGUUUUGCCAGACAGAUCCAGCAAUGUGAGCAAGCCUACUAUGGCAUCAUUCACCCUCAAAAUGGAAAGACUUUGACUGUGGCUCAGGCAAUGCAAGAGAACCUUUUCCCAAAGGAUGUUGCCGUGAGGUGUCUUGAGUUUCAACUGGCAACAGGUGGGCUCAUAAACCCAGAGAGCCAAGAGAGAGUCUCAUUGGAGGAUGGCAUACAGAAUUGCUUGAUCGACAAAGCAACUGCUGCACAUCUUCAACAUGACAAUUCCCAUUUGAAAUGUAUCACUUGCCCCAAAACCAAGCGAAAAAUUUCUUUCAAAGACGCUCUAGAAAAGAGUGUCUUUGACAGCCACACUGGGUUUGUCCUUCUUGAAGUAACAAAGCCCCAUAGUACUGGUAAUACUUCUUUCCAAUACUUCUGGACCUAUCGGCACUUCUGAUGUGCUACUGGACUCCUAAAAUCAGGCCAUUUUUUUGGUGAAUGUUUUGUAAAUAGCAGAAAAAGUAAUUGGCAUAGCUAGUAUAUUAGCAACCCUUUGUGGUGGAGCAUCAUCUA